GAAGGGUUAAAAUUUUUAGGAUAGGUGGGGCUAAAAUGGUGGCUGCAACAAUGAAGCAAAAAAUAUCCAAAACUUUAAUAAAGGAUUGCAUUGGGAGCUUGAGGAGAAACUGGAGGAGAAGUGACAUCUGGGUCAGCAUCUGGUGUGCACUUUCAUUCAUUGGAUUGGGUACAGGCCUGGUUAUAGUGAGUCCUACUAUGCUUGAUAUUGCUGCAUACAUGGGUGUCAGCUUGUCUGAGAUUGCUGCUAUGCUCCUAGUGAGAUCAGUUGGUAGUGUAGUUGGAUCAGUUUCUUCUGGUAUAAUCUUUGAUAAGUUUCACAAAGUGUCUCUCUGGAUGCUUAUCUUUUGCAUAUCAUCAGCAGCAAUAUUAACAGUUAUACUGCCAUUGAGUAGACAGCUUCCAUUUUUUGGUGUUGCUAUGUUCAUUCAAGGUGGAUUGUUGAGCAGUUUGGAUACUGGUGUGCAUGCAUUCCUUAUAAGGCUGUGGAAGAACAAAGACUCUGGCCCCAUCUUUCAACUCAUUCACUUCACUUUUGCAGUUGGGGCUUUCAUUGCUCCGCUAAUCGCAAGACCUUUCAUAUCAUCAAUCAGUCAAGAUACCAAUAGCAAUGACACGUGCGGUGAUGAUACCAAUAUCACUGAUUUCACUUGCACAGGAGGAACCAAUUGCUCCUCUUCUCAGCCCACAAGGUCAUUGUUCCAUUCAGUAUCUUCAGACUGCGUUCCCAGUGAUUAUAGUACAAGUUUCAUUUAUGCUUACUGGGUUGCUAGCAUUCCUUUGCUAUUGUCAUUGCCGCCAUUGAUAGUAUUUGCAGUUAAGUGGCAGUGCUGCUGUAGAAAGAAGAGAGAAGACUCAAAGGAGGAAGAGAAAAGUGUUGAUGACAACCAGCCAAAGACUUAUCCUGAUACAAUGCUUUACAAGACUGUUUUAAUGAUCCUACUUUUCAUCUUAAUACUCUUGUAUGUUGCAGCUGAAGUGGCGUAUGGGACAUACAUAUUUGCAUUUGCUGUCAAAGGAGACUUGCAAUUUAGCAAAGAGAAAGCAACCAUUUUGUCAUCUCUCUUCUGGGGAACUUUUGCGUUCUUUCGCUGCUUCACAAUUAUUUUAUCACUUUGCAAACUCUCACCUUCACUUCUAUUAGCUGGAAACUUAACCGGUAGUUUGAUUGCAUCACUUAUUGUAACAAUAUUCCACAGUAACGAGCUAGCUGUCUGGAUAGGUAGUGGAGUCAUGGGGGCCAGCUAUGCCUCGCUGUAUCCAAAUAUUGUUGUAUUUCUUACCCGGCAUGGCCCUGCAUCUGGCAAGACAUCUUCAAUAUUAGCAGCAGGUGCAACCAUUGGAGAUACAGCAUUGCCUGUAGUGGUGGGUGUCCUCAUUGAUAAAGUGGGCCCUGUAUCAUUGUGCUACUUCACUCUAGCAGACGUUGCAUCUUGCUGCUGCGUGUUUAUUGCUCUCUUUAUCAUAACUCACAAGUGCAAGGUCAAGAAAUACUAUAAACUUCAAGAUGAUCAUUUUGAGGAGGAGAAUGUAUCUGGUGGUAUUGUAAGGAUAGUUAAUGAUGAAAGUGAAAUGAAUGAAAAAGAAAGUGACUCUAACAAUAAUAAUCAUCAGGUUGACAAAACAAAUUUUGAAAGUGAAGAUUUGUUAUAGCUAAAAUUAUUUAUUUCUUUA